AUGAAUUCGAGUAGCAAUAAAGAGGAUCAAGAAGGAGGUAAAGGUUUAUUAUUUUAUUUUUUAGGUAUUAAGCAAAUGCUCAUAAAUGUAUAUAAGCAUAUUCUUAGGUUAUUUUUAGCAGUUUAACUUUGCUUAUGGCUAUUUUAUUACAAUAUUGUUGUAGUGAGUAUCCCAGAAUGCUCGUUGAUAAAAGAAGAUAAGGAAAAGGACGUAGGCUCAAUAAAACAGAUGAUAGAUAUGAGUGGAGAGCCGGCUUUUGCUUGGCGGCGAAGUUAUGGGCCGAAUGCCAAGUUUAUCAACGAAAUGAUGGCUAGGGGCUUGUCUCCAUAUCAGAUCUUACAGUCGCUUGCACCAGAAGGGUGUACUGUACCUACGGAUUUACCUGCUAGUGUGUUGUUUAGACUUCUGUUCGAAUUAUUAGACGAAAAAAUGUUCAGGUCAAGACUACCACAAUAUCAUGACUUCUCGCAAGCUGUACAGUUGUUUAAGUAUGUGGAUCUUGCUUUUUUCUUUGAUUUUUUAGACUUUUUUUGCUAUCGCGUAGUGGAUUUUAAAAAAUUGGCUAUUUUAAAACAAUAUUUGAAAGCCAAAUUUUAUUAUAGCGAUUGUAAUCUUUAAGAAAGAUUUAAUGGUAAAUUUACAUAUUUUUUAGAGAUGCGAAGAAAAUAAUGAUAAUAACAGGCGCUGGCGUCUCAGUAUCAUGUGGUAUUCCUGAUUUUCGUUCUUCGACAGGCAUCUACGCGACCUUAAAACAAACGUUUCCAGAUCUUCCUCGACCUACCUCAAUGUUUGAUAUUGAAUACUUCCGACGAAGACCGGAACCUUUCUUUUCAUUUGCCAAAGAAAUAUUUCCAGGAAUGUAUCAGCCUAGUAUAUCACACAUGUUCAUUAGAUUUUUGGAACAAGGGCACAAGUUAUUGAGGAAUUACACUCAAAACAUAGAUACUUUAGAAAGGGUCGCUGGCAUUAACAACGUCAUCGAAUGUCACGGAUCUUUUGCCACUGCCACUUGUCUGAAUUGUAAAGAAAAAUACGUUAGUGACGAUAUUAAGGAUGAUGUUUAUGCACAAAGAGUCGCUAGGUGUAAAAAAUGCAAUGAAGGUGUGAUAAAACCAGAUAUUGUAUUUUUUGGUGAAGAUUUACCAGAAAUAUUUCACAAUCAAAUGGGAGAAGAUAUUGACCAAGUGGACCUGGUAGUUGUCAUUGGGUCUUCUCUUCGUGUUCAGCCUGUCUCCCAAAUACCUCAUCAUGUGAAAGAGGAUGUUCCUCAAAUUCUGAUAAACCGAGAGGACAUACGUACAUACGACGCUGAUAUUAAGUUACUUGGGGAUUGCGACGAGAUUAUAAUGGCUUUGGCAACAGCGAUGGGAGGACGGAUCAGGGAAACGAUGAUUAAUGGUAAGUGUAAUAGGUUCUGUAAAGUAAUGAGUUUGUAGUAGGAUGUGAACGAAAUCUAGAGUAUUGUACGAUAGGCGUUAAUGCUUUCUUUUUCGUAAAAAUAAGACGAUUUGAAACGUAGGUUUUGAAAACGAGUAGAAUAAAAUUACGUAUUAUAGAACUGCGAAGCAGGGAAGCAUUUGUGGAAAGAGUACCUGAGCUCCAAAGUCUAAUUGACCAAGAAAAAACGACUGGAACACAAAUUGCUCUGAAAGUGUUGCCUUCUGAAGAGUUUCUUCAAGAAUUUAGAAAAGAUGGCGGCGCCUCUACUGAGAAUAGUAAAAAAGAAGGGUGUGCUACAGAAGAAGAAGAUACAAUAAAUGGUGUGCAAUGUGCAAGUAACGUUUCUGAUACACAUGAUGAAGAUGAAGUGCCAGCAAAACGUCAGAGGCUUGGUACAGAGCCAAGUAGUUCUCAAUGUAAUUUAGCGAGCAGUCCGAACACAAAUGAUAUCGAAAAGUUGAAUGGCGAUGAAAUUGUAGAUCAGAUUCAGAAGGCACAAAAGCAAAUGGCACAAUUUUGGGAAACUAAAUUUAUUUCUGUAGCUUCGAAGUUAGAAGGUGCGUCUUGGUAGCAUUACUUUUGUAAUUGUAAUAUAAUGUGUGACGGUAUUUAUAUAUGACGACAGAUACUUUUUCAUUUCUGUAACAAGAAUUAAUAUAUUACUUGUUACGUGUUUAUGGUUAUAUUUUUCUUCCAGGUUUCAUGUAUGCCAAAUUUCCACCCAACUUGAACAUUUUUAAAGGCGCCGACUACUACCUCAACCUAGACGAAGGUACUUUAGGGCCACUGCCACGUAGGAAUGAUCAUGAAGGGUUUGAAGAAGAGGAGUCGACAGCACCGCCUUCUACAGUAUCUACUCCCGCCAGCUCUCCUCGACCAUGUUCGUUGCCUACGGCUGAAAUCGAAAAUGAAUUCAGGUACUCGUUUGAUGAACGAACUACACAGUCACUGCCAGAAUACUAUGACGAGAGCGACGACGGAAGUCCUUGA